AUGGCUAAGCCUGAGGCCAGUGCCAAGAAGAAUGGCAUUGUGAAGCUGAAGACUGCUGUUGGGAGGCUGCAGAGGAGCCUCUCCUUGGGUCGAAGGUCCAAUUCUGGGCUACACGAGUUCGAUCAUGAACUUGGGGAUGACGACUCGACUCCGGUACCGGAGGAUGUCAAAGAAGGCCAUUUCGCGGUUGUGGCAGUUGAUGCUGAGGAGCCGAAACGAUUUGUUGUUCCGUUGAGUUGCUUGAAUAAUCCGACGUUUUUGAGACUUUUGGAGGCAGCAGCAGAGGAGUAUGGAUUUGAUCAUGAGGGUGCGCUGACGAUCCCGUGUCGACCGAGCGAGCUCGAGAGGAUCUUGGCUGAGGAAUGGGAGGAGGAGGAGGAGGAGAAUGAGAAUCGCUGCUUUUGA